AUGGACGUCCAAAGUGCGCAGUGGCUCACAGCUCAGACUCUCUCAGAUUACCCUCCUCAGUCGCACGCGAUGCCGCCUCUACCACUCCUCUUCACUUCAACCCCUUGCGCUCUCUGCCCCUCCCCCGCCGCCGUGCAUUGCGCCGCGGACGGCGCUCACCUGUGCGUCAAGUGCGACCAGGCAGUCCACGUGGCGAACGCUCUCGUAAUGAAGCACCCGCGCGCGCUUCUCUGCUGCUCCUGCCACCAACCCACUGACGUGCAGUUUCUCGGAUUUCCCACGGCUCUCACGCUCCCCCUAGUCUUUUGCCAUGGCUGCCGCUCCUCGGGAUUCGCGGCCGCCGGUCUCCUAACCCACGCGACGGUGGGAUCCGCAGCAGCCGACGUGUCGCUGAGCCACGUGGCGAGCGCUCGUUUGCUCGACGUUUGCCACGCUGGAUUGUAUUCUGCCGGACUGGUUGACGGUGGUCGAGGAUGGAGUGUAGCGGCUCGGGAUUCUUAUGCAUAUGGUAACCAACUAGGUCCCGGGAUGCAUCGUAUCGACUCAAACUGCAGCGGGGAUAGCGGCGGCCCGGACGGCGCGUCUCCCGCGAGUGGAGUCACCACAGAGUGUUGCGAGCCGGUGGGUGUUACAAGAGGUAACAGUUACGAGCAGCUUUCGCAGCUGCAGCAGACAACUGUUCUGCAUCAGCCGGCGAUGCUUCUCGCCAGUCAGCAACAUCAGAACCGUCCGCAUCCACAGCAUCAACCGGCUAUUCAAUCCGAGCCGUUGAAACAAGAAGGUGCAACGAUCCUGCAACUCUUUCCGCAGAUCCGGGAGGUUGCGGGCCUUCGCGGAAACGGAAGGUCAGAGGCGACACGUGUAGCCGACGCGGCCCAAGAACCGUCACUUAAACGUAGACGGGCGGAAAACGGCUCUGACUGUUGCGUUACGCGCGGUGAAGUGGCUGAAGCCGCGAAUGUGAACAUACGCAGUGCUGCUACAACGGGGGGUGAUACAGACGUAGCACCUUUGCGAGUCGACAGGAAAAGGUCAUUCCCUGAAUUGCAGCAUCAGCAGCCGCCGCAGCCACGUCAGCUGCUACCCGCGCCCACGUCAGAUGGCCCUGCCCUCGGCCAAACCGCCGCGGCUCGGCUGAAACGGGUGCUUCUUUCAUGGUGCACGCGGCUCCACCUCCCUUCUAGCAGCGCGCAAGCGUUGGCCUUCCACAUGCUCCAGCGCAUCUUGCGGAAGCUCCGCCCGACUGACGUGGCAGCGGACGCGCUCCGGGUGGUGCUUGCCACGUGUCUGUGGGUGGCAAUUAAGGCGCAGGAGAGCCAAGACGCGGUGCCGCGAGCGAGUCAACUCGCAGCUGUAGCGCGAAUCACGGCGGAUUCGCUGGUGGGGAUGGAGAUUCAGGUGCUGAAAUUGCUGGACUGGCGACCACUCGAAGGCUUCCACGUGGAUGGAGGAGAGGAGUAA